CCCAUUGGCCGGGCCGGAAAGGGGCGGGACCCGCCGGGAGUCUGAUUCUUUAAACAAACUUUCCAGUACGGCUGCCUGCUUCCCUUUCGCACCGCUGUGUCGGACCCAGACAAAAGGAGUUUGAGGGACUUCCAGAUAUUCCUACCUGAAGCCAAGGCCCAGAUCCAGCCGCCACCAUGUCGAGCAAGCGCGCCAAGGGAAAGACCACCAAGAAGCGCCCUCAGAGGGCCACCUCCAACGUCUUCGCCAUGUUCGACCAGUCUCAGAUCCAGGAGUUCAAAGAGGCGUUCAACAUGAUCGACCAGAACAGAGACGGUUUCAUCGACAAGGAGGAUCUGCAUGACAUGCUGGCCUCUCUGGGUAAGAACCCCUCUGACGAAUACCUGGAGGGGAUGAUGGCCGAGGCACCGGGUCCCAUCAACUUCACCAUGUUCCUCACCAUGUUUGGAGAGAGGCUCAACGGAACGGACCCCGAGGACGUCAUCCGCAACGCCUUUGCCUGUUUUGAUGAGGAGGGAUCUGGCGUGAUCCACGAGGACCAUCUGAGGGAGCUGCUGACCACCAUGGGCGAUCGCUUCACAGACGAAGAGGUGGACGAGCUGUUUCGCGAGGCGCCCAUCGACAAGAAGGGCAACUUCAACUACGCAGAGUUCACCCGCAUCCUCAAACACGGCGCCAAAGACAAGGAUGACGAGUAGAGGGAGAGGCCGACUGCCUCGGGCCGCCCGCACACAUACUGCACCUCAAAUCAGUCCCUCGUUCCUACCUUUUUUCUUGUAGGUUUGAGAGAAAUUAAACAAGAAGAGCAUAUACUGUAGCAAAGUAAAAGGCGGCUGUUGUGUUAGUUAUUUUGUGGAAGGUGGGAGCUUGGGAUUAAUUUGGGAUCCACAGAAAUAUUUCGCAAUACAUUAUUUGUAUCAUCGUUAAAGGUUAGCAUGAAGAGAGGUGCACGUGCAUCGCAGAGCUACAAGUGUACUGCGGCCUCAGCCACUGUGAGAGCAGCUGCUCCGACCUUGGUAGAUGGUUGCAGGGAGCCUGGUUGGACUUUUGAAAUGCAUCAAACGUCAUGCAUGUGUGUGGGUGGGGGGGAGGGGGGGGUUGAACUGCCACAUUCAGUCCUUCAUACAGCCCCAGCAAUGUUUACUUGUUCCUGCCAUCAUUUAGCCAUCACACAUGCACAAGCACUGCAGUAAGUCUCUGUAUCUGUAAUAGUUGUAUCCCUGUAUGUUGGAAAUAGAUAUUAAAACAAUAAUUUUGAUUUUGUUUUUUAAAAGUGAUGAGUCCACUUGAUGAAAUUGUUACUAGAGCUUUUAGUCUAAACUCUUAUCAGCUGGUUGUGUGUAUUUGUUGAAGGAUCAGGAAUUCAGAUUGAAAUCACUCAGGCAAAUAAAGUAAGUUUAUUCAUGCUGUUGAACACGAAAA